AUGCACCCAAUACGGCACCUGACUCCUGACUGGCCCUCCCUCUCAGACCCCACCCCUCUCUCUUUCUUUUACUCCCUCUCUUUCUCUACUACGUUCUUCACCCUUUCCCUCUACGCUCCUCCUUACAGCUACCGGUUUAACCUCCCCCCCACGCCCCAUAUCCAAGGACGAUGGCAGGUCACUUUCAGCAGGCGGAUCUCUGCUUGUGGUCGAACAACGUUAGGGGCCUUAACGCUCCGGAACGGCGCUCACACCUUCUCCGCACCCUGUGGGCGGCACGCGCGUCUCUGGCAUUCGUCCAGGAAACUCACUUCCAGGGGCGAAAUGCACCGACGCUGCGAGACACCCGCUUCCCGACGGGAUACUUUGCCAACCACCCACAUGCCAAAAAGUCGGGGGUGGCAAUUCUCAUCGCCCGCACAGUGCCUUUCCAAAGCCAAGCUGAGCUGGCGGACCCAGAAGGCCGCUAUAUAUUCGUGAAAGGCACGAUUGCCGGACAUCUGUAUACCCUGGCAUGUGUCUAUGCACCCAAUACGGCACAGCACCACUUCCUGACACGCACCUUACAUGCCCUGGACCGCUUCAGAGAGGGCCUGCUGAUCCUGGCGGGGGAUCUUAACCUAGCCCUGGACCCACGGCUAGACACCUCCUUAGGAACUAGCUCACUACCGGCUUCCUACCAACGCAAGGCCCUGGUGGCCCUCAAGAACGCGGGGUUGGCGGAUUCGUGGCGAGUGGUUCACCCACAGAGGAGGGACUACUCCUACUACUCUACGGUCCACAGUCGCUACAGUCGGUUGGACUAUAUCUUCCUCCCCAUUGAAUGCCUCUCGCUCUUGCACUCCAGUGGGAUCCACACGGCAACCUGGUCGGACCAUGCUCCGGUCUGGACUAAGAUCGCCUCCCCGCUGUACAGGCCACGGGAGAGGCAGUGGCGGCUCAACGAGCAGGUCUUGGAGGAAUUGGAGGCGACAGUGGAGAUGGGUGACGCACUGCAGAAGUACUUUGAGGAGAACACCACCCCAGACGUGGAACCACCGAUGAUAUGGGAGGCUCAUAAAUGUAUGAUCCGUGGCCAUCUCAUACGUUAUUGUACCCAACGGAAGACGGCCCAAAGGCAAGCAGUCACGGACCUGGCACAACAAGUGGCAACCCUCGAAACUUUACAUAAAUCUACCCUCUCAGAGGAUACCUACAGAGAACUCCUGGAGGCGCGGAGAAACCUCAAGCAAUUGCUCUCGCAGGGCCUUCUCCGAACCAUUCGCAGAUCCCGACGACACUUCUAUGAAUACUCGGACAAAUGCGGGAGGCUCCUGGCCAGGCGCCUGCAAAGGGAACGGAGACUCACACACAUAACCAAGAUUCGGGACCAGACUGGCGUGCUCACUCAACGCCCAGACGGAAUAGCGACGGCCUUCCACCACUUCUACACGGACUUAUAUAACAUCCCAGAAACGCGAGGUGCAGCAGCCCGGAAGAGGCGUGAAACCGAUAUCGCGCACUACCUGGAACAACAUAUCUCACGGACUCUCACGGACGACCAAAGGGCUGACAUGGAGGAACCCAUUUCCCUGGAGGAACUCAAAUAUGCUCUUAAGAUCGCCAGAGCCCACAGGGCGCCAGGCCCUGACGGCCUCCCCGCGGCAUAUUAUAAAAAGUUUCAAGACAUCCUGCUGCCACACCUCCUGGGAACCCUGAAUCACCUACUAGAAGGCGGCCACCUCCCGAGAGAUACACUGGCUGCCACUAUCUCUCUUAUCCCAAAAGACGGAAAGGACCUGACGAACUGUUCUAGUUAUAGGCCGAUCUCCUUACUCAACUCUGACUUGAAACUGUUCACUAAAAUACUGGCCUUACGGGUGGGGCGCGUACUGCCGGACCUGGUGCACCCGGAUCAAGUGGGAUUCAUCCCAGGCAGGGAGGCACGCGACAACACCAUCAGGGCCCUCAACGUGAUCCACCUGGCGGGGAGCAGCCGGAGGGGGGUCCUCCUCCUCUCGACCGACGCCGAGAAGGCGUUCGAUCGGGUGGACUGGGGGUUCAUGCUGGCAACGCUCCGUACGAUGGGAUUCGGGCCCCAUAUGAUGACCUGGAUAGCUGCCCUUUAUACAACACAAACAGCCCGUAUGCGCAUCAAUGGGGCCCUAACACAGCCAUUCAACAUCCGUAACGGCACAAGACAGGGGUGCCCGCUGUCCCCCCUCCUGUUUGCCCUCUCCCUGGAACCAUUCCUGGGGGCGGUCAGACGGGAUGGGGGAAUCGCGGGCUUCGCCUAUAAAGGUCUGGAGCAGAGAGUCGCGGCAUACGCAGAUGAUCUCCUCUUCUUUCUGGCCAACCCACUCAUCUCUCUCCCGAACCUACUAGCAAGGUUCCGGGAGUACGGCCUGCUCUCCAACCUUAAACUCAAUGCUGAGAAGUCGGAAGCCUGCCCUUUAAACCUAACUACCGCAGACACGACUCACCUACGGACACAGUACCCAUUUAAGUGGUGUGCGGAUAAACUCAAAUACCUUGGCAUAUGGCUCACCGGAGACACGAAGCGCCUAUUCCAGGAGAAUUUUGUCCCCAUUCUCCGCACACUACAGCACGACAUGACGACUUGGGGCGGCCUGUGCAUUUCAUGGUUCGGGAGAAUCAAUGCCUUAAAACUAAACCUUCUUCCGCGGCUUCUUUACCUCUUCCAGACCGUUCCAAUUAUGAUACCCAGGACCUUCUUUCAGACGCUGAAUACGGCGAUGAUAAAAUUUGUGUGGAAGACGGGACGACCUAGGGUUAAUGGGGCGCUCCUGUCGCUGCCCAAGAGGAUGGGGGGCUUAGCCCUCCCUUCACUAGUCCAUUACUACAGGGCCACCCACCUGCUUCGGCUGGUGGACUGGCACACACUAAACUCAGACAAGCUAUGGAGGGAACUAGAGAACGUACAAGUGGAUCGAAGGCUGCCAGCCGCGAUAUGGACAGCGGACCCCCUAAAGGACCCUAGAAUGACCCACAACCCGUUUAUCAGGGCCACGACGCAGGUUUGGACUGCCACUCGCCUGAAGGACGGCCUCACUACAACGCCGGGUCCUCUGACCUCUAUUACCCAUAACCCAGAUAUCGCUGACGGACUACGACCGGGGGAUGUGUUGGGACUCGGGGACCCGGACUGGACGUACAUGAAACAGCUAUGCGCCGCAACGGGACUGAAAACACUGAGGGAACUGAUCCCAGACGGCACCAUCUCUCUAAUGACCAGGUUCCGCCAUCAUCAGAUUCAGCAUUUCUACCGAACCACGGUGGGCAAACAUUUAUUUCAUAGAGACCUAACCGCUUUUGAGCACAUGUGUGCGGCCAGGGAUCGACCACUGAAAGGAAUCACACGACUCUACACCCUACUGCUUACCGCCACACCACGCGCACCACCACGAUAUAUGUCCCGCUGGGAACAAGUGACAGACCAAACACUGACGGACCAACAAUGGGAGAAGAUCCACGUGCUAACACACCAAGGCACGCUCAGUUCAAAACUGCAGGAACUUAACUACAAGAUUAUGGUCAACUGGUAUAGAACCCCAGCGAAACUACAUUGCAUGAACCGAGAAACCCCUGACGUUUGCUGGAGGUGCGGAGCCAAGGGUGGGUCAGACUACCAUAUAUGGUGGUCGUGCCCUACAAUUCAGCAGUACUGGAAACAAAUUCAUUCUAAAAUUCAAAGCAUCGCGGACCCGGACCUACCGUUCCAGCCCUUGCCGAUGCUACUCCACCACACCACACGCCCUAUAGCUACAUACAAACGCUCCCUGACCAAACACCUACUAAAUGCGGCAAAAUCCCUCAUCCCCACCAAAUGGCGCGCGACGGAGUCACCGUCGAUGGAGCAAUGGAUGGAACGUGUGGAGGACAUCUACAGUAUGGAAUCCCUCUCGGCAUCGCUACACGGCACGGGAGACAAAUGUGCUAUCACCUGGCUCCCUUGGUGCACCUACAUAGCCCAGAGAGGAACCGCAGGAACGGCUGCCACUGGGUAGCGGAGAACCAGGGAAGCUCUAGAUCCGCCCCUCCAGUGAUCAUAUGAGAUACAGGAGUCCGCCUACCAGCCUACCCUCCCCCCCCCCCUCUUCCUCUCUUCUCUCUUCCUUUCCCACUGCACACCUUUCUCUUUCCCCCCAGUCAGGAGGUCAUUGGCAGGACUGUGAUGGUCAGGGGAUAGGGGGAACCCAUGGCCCGGACAGGUGGUCGGGGGUGGGGCCUGGGAGGGGGGGGACACUUUGGAGGUGGACAGCUCCUGGAGCCAAACCCUGGGUGGGGAAUACAGUCAGGUCCAACGGGGGGGACAGGCGGACAUCCCACACUGAGUACCCUGACCAACUCGACGAGCAUGCAACCAUAGCAAACUGGACGCGACGGACAGGGAGUUGA